CGUAUAAAAUUUUCUGGCCUUAAAUAUAUUUGUAGUCAUAUCGAAUUAUUUACAAUGUUUAUAUGACGACUCGUCUAUUGAAUGGAUACAGAACAAAUAAUUUUGGGAUGGAUUCAUCCCCUAAAUCAAAUCAUAAAUUUUCAGAAGACUCCAUACAAAAUUUGUUGAAUGAAAUCGCUGCAGAUCUCAAUCACUUGCAUGAGAAGUAUCCCAUGCUAAAAGAAACGCCAAGAGAACGAACAGGUAACAUAAGCUCACCGAAGAAAGUAAAAUUAUCUGCUAGUGCAUCUGCUAAUACAAAUAUUGACGUCAAAACAAAACGUAAGAGCAAAAAGUUCAAGAACAAAAGUAUGGGUCACCUUGUGCCAGUUGCUAUAAAUGUUGAAAGGGACGCAUAUCUGAGUCAACUUUUGAACUUAUAUCAAACCCGUUGUAUGGUAGCAAAUAAAAAUCGUAAAAUAUUUACAAUUUCCAAUGGUUAUGACGCUUUGCGAGAUGCAUUACUGCAGCGUGGUUGGGUAGAAAAAGUUCACCCAACAGCGAUUGCCAAAUAUUCAAUGUUCUCUUACAAACAGCUAUUACAGUGUGCAGAAAGAGGCAAUGAGUACGAAAGAACUCUUAUGUCCAAAAUAGUCGAGAAGUAUCCUGCAUAUUUUGUAUGGCAAGUGAGAACCAGAGAAAUGGUGUUCCCGGAAGCGGCACCUUAUAGAAAUCGUAUAAGAAGCAGAAGAAGGUUAAGGUUUACUUCUAAAAUUGGUCUAACUAACUGUGCUGAAAUGGAAACGUGGUACCGCAGAGAUAAUGACACCAUAUUGAAUUAUCCACGGAUCCACAAAUUACACCAAGAUUAUAAGGAAUGGAACUAUUUUCUGAAAGAUUAUCGACAAACUCAAUGUCGUUCACUUUUAACAUAUAUUCUGAACAAUGUGAAAAAUGCAUCCAAUCUGUACGAUAACAUCAACGGUACUGUACCAAGUACAACACUUGACUUCGCGCUAAUUUCACUCAAAGAGGAAAUACGUCAGUUUGAAAGACUUCAUGACGACUUUAAAAGUGAACUGGAUGAAAAUGAUUGGGAAGUAUUUUUGAAUUACUCCAAUAAAAUUAUUCAUUAUAAAAUGAAAUUGAAAAUGAACUCUAGAGAGCUGUUCGAAAGAAUCAGAAUAGCUAAAAUGCUCUUCAAGCAAUUGCUGAAGAAAAAACCUAAUUUAAGAUGGGAUGGUUAUCACAAUCUUUGGAUUGUUAAGCCUGGAAAUAGUUCUCGUGGUAUAGGCAUAUAUGUAUUACAAGAUUUGGAGUCAAUAUAUGAAUUCACAAAAAAAGACUUAGUCUUAAAUUACAUAGUACAAAAAUACAUAGAACGUCCACUUAUUAUAUAUGGCAGUAAAUUUGAUAUACGCAUGUAUAUGCUUUUGACCAUAAAUGAUAAAUGUUUGAGCGUAUGGUUAUAUCACGAUUGUUAUUUGCGUUUUUCUACUCAGGAAUUUAGCUUAACAGACCUGCGGGAAGAGGUGCACUUGACGAAUAAUUCUGUGCAGAAGCGGUACAAGAUUGAUGAGAGGCGUGACGAACGUUUACCAACACAGAAUAUGUGGUCGCUGCAUCAGUUCAAAAGUUACCUCAGGAGUAUAGAGGUAAAUGGUUCAGAUAGCAUUUGGGAAAAUCGCGUGUUUCCCGGCUUUGUGAAGAAUUUAACAGGAAUUGUGAAUACUAGUGUGGAAGACAUUGAAUUUGUAAAUAAUUCAUUUGAGCUUUAUGGAUUGCUGGUUUAUGCGCUUGCUUCAGAUUUCCAUUUUGAUGAAAAUUCUGCUCCAGACCUUCUCACUUCGACCAUGGUCACUAAGAUUUUUGCCCAAGUUUAA